GCGGGCCUGAUGUCGGAGCGCGGCCCGGAGCCGCGGCGGCGCUGCGGGAGCAGGAGGAGGAUGGCGGGGCUGCCGUGGAAGUGGCCGCGCACCCGCCUGCCCGUGGGCGCCAGCGCCCUGGGCGUCUUCGUGCUCUGCUGGCUCUACGUGUUCCCGGUGUACCGGCUGCCCGACGAGAAGGAGAUCGUGCAGGGCGUGCUGCUGCAGCAGGGCAAGGCGUGGAGGAGGAACCAGACCGCGGUCGCCCUGUUCAGGAAGCUGCUGGAAGAAUGCUGUGACCCUGGGCAGCUCUUUGCUAUGACAAAGAUGAAUUCCCCCAUGGGAAAGAACCUCUGGUUUGACGGGGAGUUUUUAUAUUCUGUCACAAUUGACAAUGCAACUUACUCUCUCUUCCCACAGGCUACUCCCUUCCAGCUGCCACUGAAGAAGUGCUCCGUGGUGGGAAACGGUGGGAUCCUGAAGAAGAGCGGCUGCGGCAAGCAAAUCGAUCAAGCAGACUUUGUCAUGAGGUGCAACCUUCCUCCUCUGUCCAGUGAAUACAGCAAGGAUGUUGGAUCCAAAACCCAACUGGUGACUGCAAACCCCAGUAUCAUUCAAAAAAGGUUCCAGAACCUGCUGUGGUCCCGCAAGGCCUUCGUGGACAGCGUGAGGGUGUACAACCGCAGCUACAUCUACAUGCCAGCCUUCUCCAUGCGCACGGGCACGGGGCCCUCGCUGCGCGUCUAUUACACGCUGCAGGACUUCGGCGCCCGGCAGUCCGUGCUGUUCGCCAACCCCGCCUUCCUGCGCGACAUCGGCCGCUUCUGGAAGGGCAAGGGCAUCCACGCCAAGCGCCUCUCCACGGGGCUCUUCCUGGUCAGCGCCGCCCUGGGGCUGUGCGAGGACGUGACCAUCUACGGCUUCUGGCCCUUCGCCGUGGACCUGCGCGGCGCCUCCCUCAGCCACCACUACUACGACAACGUGCUGCCCGACUCGGGCUUCCACGCCAUGCCCGAGGAGUUCCUGCAGCUCUGGUUCCUGCACAAGAGCGGCGUGCUCCGCAUGCAGCUGGAGCCUUGCGAGCAGCCCUCGGCCUGAGCCCGCUCUGGGACACGGGGAGUUUUUCAUUUCCGUGCUCUGCAACAGAGAGCUCUGGGUUAUGGUGGUUGUUUCUCAAGGGAUCUGCACGGACCGUGAAAAUGCUCCUUGAAGGCCAAAUGGAGUACGUCCUUGUUGUUCAGUGCUUUGUGGAACUGGGAGAGGAGGAAUGCAUCUCUCCAUCAAGUCCAUUCAGCAGCGGUGGGAAAACUGUCAGAAGCAGCCCAGCUGAACUUUGCAGGGACGUUUUUAAGUGACAAGUGUACAAAGGGCAUUAAGGCUCAGAGAGUCACAGGGCCGCUCAUAAGCUUUUGCUGACAGUGCCAAAUACGACUAUCUCUUCCAAAUUCCAUUUCAUUCCAGAUCAGCAUCCUGUAGAACUUUCCUUUUUCCUUGCUUUUCCCCUCUGUUUGGGGGUGGGUGUGUGUGUAGGACAGCAUGUGUGUGUCAUUGACUCCUUGUUUCUUUUCCUUUUAUUCCUUUUAUUUUUGAUGUGUUGCCCCCUCCUCCGAGGAAGGAAAAGGAAGGGCUUGAAAGCCUCAGGAGCUGAGCACCAUCAGCUCCUCUGAAGACUCUGGGGAGAGUGAAGGUGCUGAGAAUCUGGUUAGAAUGUCCUAGGAAUGCCUUGCUGCUGGGGACAGACAGAGCUGUGUGUUGUAGGUGUUAUCAGGAUGGUUCAGGUCGCUGCAUUACAGCUGUGCCGGUGCUGUGCUGUGGGCAAGAGCUGGUUAAGGCAAACUGCUCUGAAAGGAAGCAUGUUACAAAACCAGCUACAGGGAAGUGCAGCCUGGUUUCAGUGACCUGCUGCAAGAUUUCUGCAGUGACUUUCAUAGCAGGGAUGGUUCCUGACCUGCUUUUCUGUCCAGCCUUAGGGAUUAAUUCUGUAUUCAUUCGGACUCCAGAUGUUCACGGACUGUUGAGGGUAUUUGAGGGGUUCAGUGGAAUGUAGAAUGAGGUUCUUCGUGUGCUUACAGCAGGAAAAUUUCAGAAAUGAAUGUGUCAUUUAAAAUUAGUCGAAGCUUUGAGAAUCGUUUCUCUGCGUGUGACUUGCUCUUCUGCUUGGAUUGUAACGUUAGCCUUAAAGACUUGUACUUCUCACACGAGAUUGUCUCUGCUUGAGGAGAGUCUGGGAAAUAAAACAGCCUUUGGGAGCACCGAGAAGCUGCACAGCCAGCAAGGAAAGGAGAAAAGAGAAGGGCAUGCCUGCUGCAAGGCAGCCCUGCUGGCAGUGGAGAAUCUGUCAGUGUGCACAGUGCCUGAAGGACUGUUUUAUUUUGGGUUGUUACUUGGGCAGCAGAUGGUCUCUCACUGUGGAAAUGAGAAAUCCUUUUGUUUGUUUGCUUUGGUUUAGCACUGGAGGACAAGAGGAGAAUCCCAGCUCGGUCUGCAGCACAAUUUAGGCUGCGAGAUGUUGCCACCAUUAACUUGAAAAAUCCAGAUCAGUGUUCUCGUUCUUAUUAUCUUCUUACUGAAAAUCUAGCCAAGGUGUUGGAACAACAGAACUGUCAUCAACUUUCCACAGCAACUUCCUGUGCUGUUCUAGCCCCAAAGUUCCAGUAUUUUGGGGGAUGUCUCUUCUCAAGUGUUGAUAAGGUCUCUCCUUGUAGACUACCAGCUGCAAGUUCUAUAGAUAUAAAUAAUUUUUUUAAAAAGUGAAAUCCAUGGCUCCUUUUUAAAUAUGAAUAGUUCAACACUCUGUAAGAAAAUGGGGACAAAAUAAUAAUGUUUUUCUUUUUUAAAUUAUGUUUGAUAAUAAAAAUUUUCUUUUGGAAUAUGGAUAUUCCAAGCAUAAAGUGGGCACUGUUUUGUAGGAUUACAGGGCAAUGCUAAAGGGUAAUGUGGAUAUUUUGGGGUGUUCUAGCUAUUGCUCAGAUAGAAUCUGAAUGUACCUCGUAGCCCAUGAUAUCUUUGUCCAUGCUUUCAUUAAAAGUACAGUCAGCACACCGAUGGAACCUCACCUGAUAAUUCAUUCUGUUUCAUUAGUGCAUUACUUGUGAUGUGGGGACUCGGUGAGGAAGGGUGUGAAAGUAAAAUAUUUUCCUUUCUGCUUGUUAUGGCAGAAUUUGACUGAGCUGCCUUUCUUGGAGACAAAAGAGGUGCCUGUAUGGUUUCUAUUGGGUGCAUCAGGUUUGCACUUGUGAGUGCUUUAUGGAUUCCAUUAUAUGUGCAAACAACAUUUGGAAUAUGAUGUGCUACAAAUGGCACAUCAGCAGGGUGCCAGCAUUUCCUUGAGAGCAGGAGGGAGUGGGAGAGUGAGGGGGAGCUUCCUCUUGGCUGGUCACCUUGUGCUGUUUCACCAGUACUUAGGAAUUCACUUCUGAACCUCUCCUACAGCUCUCCAGCCCCUUGGUGAUUAUUUGUUCUGUGUGUUGGGGAAAUAAUUGCAUGAGAAGAACAAGUGGUUUUGUAGGAAAACUCUGAGUAUUUUGUAAUGUCUGGUUGUUCAUGUUCAGCCGGUGCCCUGGGUAUCUGGAGAUGUCGUGUUCCCCACCUGAGUAGGACUGAACCUGAGGCCUUUGCUGGUGUCUGCAGUCCUGGUGUUUGCUAGGAGACAGCUUCCAAGGAACUGUGGGGUUAGGAGGCACCCAGGCCGUGUGUGAUGUGCAGCUGAUACUGGAGACGUCUGUCGUUCUGGCUCUGGUCACAUCUGCAUGCAGUGAGUGCGAUGGCACACACCGUGCGAGGCAGCCACGCGUGGCGAGGAACUGAUGGCUUCAAGGGUGAGCAGUUCUCAAUAACUUCCAGCGAACUGGCAGGUGAGAAACAACAAGAAAUGCCACUGUUGAGAGGCAAGAUCUGGUUGAGCUUGUCAGUCCGUGGAAACGCUGGCCAGCACUCAGCCUUUGCCCAGCUGGUGAAAGGGGAGGCAGGGGAGCACUGCAAUUGCUCUGUGGCAGGAGCAGUGAAAAGGGCAGAACCAAGGAGCUGGCAAGGUAAGAGGGGCUGUUAGCUGAGAGAAUGCUGCAGUGAAGGCAUCCAUGGGGACUGUGGGCUGGCCUUGGGGGUGUCCCACAGCAGGGCAGCCCACGUGUAGGAACACUGAUAUCAAAUAUGGCAUUGCAUGGAAGGGCCUGAGAAUUUAUCCAUCUUCAGGAGGGAGGUCAUUGCUUGUGUUGCUGUGUUUUUAGUGAAGUCCUUUGAAAUCUUACUAUUUGUUAGUGAAGUUCCCUCCUGCAGCACCUGUUUCCACUGCCAGUUCCUGAGUUUCCCUGAUAGUGUGGCUAAAGCUGCACAAAUCUGCCAGGUUGAAAGCCACUGCAGUUCAUCUUCAAUAAAAUCUGGCUCAGGCUGGCCAAAUGAUUUGUUAAUAUUCAUAGCUAUUAAUUUUAUGAUAGAGGUAACAAGGGACAGAAGUGCUGGAAUAUUGCUCUGCCUGCAGAGCAAUCAUUGUCCCGUGUCUGUGAGGAGAAUAAAUUAAAUACCUGUACAAGAAGGGCAUGCACUGAAGUCCCUCUUGAUACAAUCUUUUUGGGCCUGUAUAUGUUCUUGAGGAAAUCAAGACCAAUUUUUGAACUUGUGACAAAAUCAUGUGAAACUUUCCCUCCUUGUUGAUUAGGAAGCCUCUUGGAGCUCUUUCUAGAUCAGACAAGCAAAACAGAAACCAGCAAAGCAGAAUCCUAGAGAAGGGAGUGGGAGGUGUGCCCAUGAGAAUAAAAACAUCUCUAAUUUUGGCACAGACUUUGUUACAGUGCUAAGAACUCCUGCUCAUGAAUGUGCUACUUUGAUAUUUUUGCUGGAAUGAAGGUAACAAGUUUGGUGUGAGGCAGCUACUAAAGUCAAAGGUCUAAGCCUCUGUUACAGAUGAAGUUUUACAGAAUAUGGAAAUAUUGGCUGGUUUUUUGACUUGACUACUUUCAUGUUUUUGUUAUUUUCCUCAAAAUUAAUGUUGUUUUCUAGGCAGCUGAGUUAGCCCCUCUGUGAGAGCUGAAACUAUGCAAAGUAUCUGCUUUCUGAAAUGUAGUGUCCUGAGAUGUGUCAGUUACAGCAAACCACUCCUGGAAACAGCUUCAUGAACACCGACCUGGUAUCCAGCUCAGCCUGGCCUGUAAUUAAGGUGCAAGGGAACAUUUAUUGAGGAGUGAGGAAAUGCAGGAGGUGACAGCAAUCUCAGCAUUUGCUGCCUCUCUGACUCUCCUCCAGCCUAACAGAUUAGUAAGCACUGGAAGAAGUCCAGGUUAUAGGAAGGACAGGCUGUUUGUUCCUGCCCAUCAAACGCAGAUGUAAAAUGGACUAACCAGCUGCUGUCCUGAACCAUGGCCUCCUUCUAAAGCUCACAUGGUGCAGUUUCCAUUAGCUGACUCUUCCAGGGAAGCCAAACUCACCAGGCUUUGUCCAGAAAUGCCUGUUCCCCAUCUCCAUGGUUGUUUGAGGAAUGUUCUGGGUGCAGUGACCUCCUCUUAGUGUGGAUUUGUAUUUCUGCCCCAAGCCAUCAUCCUGAAGGAUCUCUCUUCCCUGCCCUUCCAGAUGACCGUUCCCUUUGGGGACUGAGGUGUGACUUUAAAAAUCCUGCCAUAAGGCAGCUAAUAUGUUUUGUAGUUUGAACAAGCUUUUUUUUUAAACUAUUGACAAAUCCGCCAAGAGCUCCAAAUAGAAAAUAUGGCUUCAGCCAGGUGUUGGUAAUUCCCUCACUGGAGAAGAGCAAGAGGAUACAUGAUAGAAGGAUGUGGUUUUCAACUGUUGUAAAAUAAUACCUGUUACCUCGAAUUCCCGUAUUUUAUCUCUUGGAAUCUAUCAUAUGUUUGACUUUUUUGUAGUUUCUGAACAGAACAAUUAGUAAAAGAUUUAAAGUUGUUUUUGUUAAAUAUUAACAGACUCGUUUCCCUGAGUGGAAUGCCAAGACCCAACAGGAGGCUUAGCCUAUCCUCCCUGGCUAAUAUUUUUUGGCAGCAGCGAGACCUUAAACAGCUACUCAUUCCUCUCUGAUUAUUCAUUUCCAUCAGUUUUAUUGCAGCAGGCUGGGCCCUGGUGUAUUCAGCCUCUUCAGCUUAAUGCAUGUGCUUUAGAAUGAAUUUCACUCUGCUUUUCAGCUACGGUGGGGGGAAGAAAUGUGUUGCAAAUUGAAAAUGCUUGGUUUGGUGCAGCCAGGAGAGAGGCACUGCCAGGUUCAGGCUGCUCUGGGCUGUCUGCAGCUGUGGCUGUGCAGGGCAGAGCAGGGCUGGCUCUCCCCCUCUGGAAAAGGCUGAUUGUUCCUCUGUGGCUGUGCCCAGCAAUGCCCCUGCCUGGGCCCAGGGCCAGGGGCAGCAGUGUGAACCGGCACCCCGGGCACGCUGAGCCCUGUCCCGAUUCACAGUCAGCAGUGCUGGCAAUGCUGGGAGCUCAUCCUCAUCCCUCGGGAGCCCAGCCUGCUCCCAGCAGCACCUGAGAUCCCUGCAAGGCUCAGGAAGGCCCAUUAAUUAUUGCAUCCUUAAUUAUUGGCUGUGUGCUCCCUCUGCUGUGGGGUCAGCUCUCUGCUGAGCUCAAUGUUCAUCCUGCCUGGGACCCUCUCAAGCAAGGGAACCUUUAGCACCCCGACCAUGUGGAAAUUACUGUGGGAUUUGAGGCCUUCAUCUUCCAAGUUAAACUCUUUUUUUCCCCCUUUUAUGCUGGAUUUAACUCCUGUGAGGGACUCCAGAGUGAGUUUAAGAAAGCAGUGCCUCUAGUACUUGUUCUGUGGGUUUGUGAAGAAGAUGGUGUUCAGUAAAACGCUGGAGUACCUUUUGGACAGUUCCUUCUGAUUUCUAAUUGUAUAUUCAAUGAAUUGUUUCAGUCAGAUGGGACCCAUAGCAGAGAUGAGUUGCAUCAUUUUCUGUUAAUUGGAAGGAAACAAUUACAGAACUGUAUUACAUUUCAAGCUGAAUCUUACCAACAACUCAAGGAAUCUUCCUUGUGCAGGAAGCUUUGCUAUUGGGUGAUUAUCUUGAUAGUAAAUGAAAAUUCUUCACUGAAAAUAAAAGCAUCAUUUGGAGUACCGAGACACUAAUUUGAGUCUCUACUCUGGUAUCUCCAGCAAAGAUUUUGGUGUUCUGUAAAAGUGCCAUAAUCGCAACUUAUUUUUUUCUUCUGUGCAUGUGUUCUUAUAGGAGAUGCUUGAAAUUUUUUUAUAAGCCCUCCAUGUGCUGAAAGCAAACACUCCUUCAUCAGGAACAGGAGUUUGUUUUUGGGUACCCAUGGUAUGCAGAGUGAAAGUGCCAGGAGACGUCCAGAUUUCAGGAAAAUGCUGGUUUGGAAUAUUCUGGCAGGACUCCCUGGAGCACGUGAGUUGGCUGCUGCCUCCUGAGCUGCAGAGUUUGGGCAGAUGAUACAGGAAAAAAGCAAAGAUAUUUUAGCCAUUUCAGCUCUGGCUGCUUGAUGUGUCCCACUGUGGAGUGGUGUUUGUUCAUUCUGUGGGGCCUUCAAGGGCUCUGAUCCUACAGAUCAGUCCUGUGUUGGCUGGUUAAAGGCCUGGGCUUGGUGCUGAAAGCUCCAGGAGCAUGGAGAUGCCUGGGAAUUGUCCUUUGGCGUGUUAUGGUUUGGGCACUGCAGGGUCUGGCCUGCUGCAGAACAUGUGCCUGAAAACCAUUGUAUCUGGGUGCCCAAAGCCACCUUAGCCCAGUUACACCUGCAUAGCUCGGGCGUAGGGGAGGCCCUGCAGGGCGGCUGCCUGAGGCUGCUUUCAUCUCUGCCAGUAAUCCAAUCCCCACUGAGGCAACGCUGGGUUAGGGCAGCUCUCAGUGAAACUCCCCCUCCACAAGCAUUUCCAAUAAUUGUUCCAUGCAAAGGCAGAAACAGCAGAUUUUUUCUUGUUCACACGUGUCACUCUGCAUUGAAAAUGGAACAAAAACUCAGAGCUCUUACCCCUUUCAGAGUGCUGUGAGGACUCCCUAAAUAAUAGAUUGGCACAGUUACAUAAAUAUACAUAAAAUAACCUGAGGUUUAUAGCUCAGAUGCUGGUUAGUGUCUUGAAUAAUUACUUCCAAAUCAUUUAGAGGAAAAAAAAUUGCAGAAAUUUUACAUGUGAAAAAUAUCUCUUUUUUUUUUCUCCUAAAAUGUACUAAUAAUUAAAGAAACCAUGUUAAAAGACAUGGGAAUUUUCCCUGGUUUCCUUAUUCUGCACUUCAAGUUUUGUAUUCAAGUCCAUACUUGUGCAAUUCUAGAUUGUCCCAUGUGGUGUUCAUAGACUAAAAAAAUAUAAUUAGAAAAAAAAAAAAAAUGAAAGAACAAAAAAGUUAUAUUCCAAAUGUAGUCAAAAAAAAACAAAAAACAAACCAAACCAAACCAAACCAAAACAAAAAAAAAACAAAAACAAACAAACAAAAACAAACAAACAAACAAACAAAAAAAAAACCAAAAAAGCAAGCCCAGAAGCCCAGGACAGGUUCAGCUCUUCUGAAAGCUGUGACUAUUUAUGUGCUGCCAUUUAGUAGUGGUGGCCAAAGAAGCAGGCAAAGGUCAGAAAGGAGAUGAAUGCACUAAAGGACACAAUAUUGCUGGUAGAGGUAAAGGGAUGGAAGCAUCGGUUUAAAUGCUUGGAACCCAAAGUUGUUAAUUGAUGUUAUGUCUUUAUUCUUUUGCUUCUCUUUCCCUCAGUUGUUGUACUGGGAAACUUGCCCUGUUCACAAGUUGCUUAAAAUUUUCUCUGCACUGCACUGAACUUUCCUCUGGCCCUAAACCUAAAAGUUACCAGAGAGGCAAAAACCACUUCAGGUCUAUCAAUAUUUGUAUGCAGCAUUUUACCUCUGGUUUAUCAAUAUUUGUAUGCAGCAUUUCACAUCCUCCUAGUACUAAUUACUCUAUUAACUCAUAGUUAAAUGAAAUAGUGGAAACUACUACUUAUCCCAGAGUUUUGAAAUCGUUCUUCCUGUGGUGAUUUCUGUGUUAGGUGAAUGAAGAUUACUUUUAGCUCAGGUGUUGUGAGAAUUAAUUAACUCAUGCUUGGGAAUUAAAAUGGAAAAACCCCAGAAAUGUUAUUAAGCUUAUCUGUUUUGAACAAUGCAAACAGGCAAAUGAACUACCCUCUUUAUCUGAGCGAAUUUAUCCUUCUGAGUUAAAAUCCUCUGCCUUUGUUAGGAAGUACAAUAGCAACAUUCUGUUCAGGGCACACCUGGAUUGCAGGCAGGGAAAAGCUGUGCAUUUAUAAAGAGAAAAGGUUUUCUCCUCUCAGCCACACCCAUCAAUCUACAAACCAGAUUCUCUGCUCUCUUUCCCUUGUCUGACUCAAUCAGAUCAAUAGAAUUGGCUGGAUUUUAACUAGUGGACUGUUCUCAAACUUGAGGGAGUUCAUCCUAUGAAAAUCUGAAAUUAUUUAAAGCACUGUCAGAUCAUGAUACUUAGUCAAAGUAUCAUAAUUGUGUAAUCUGCCAAUUCCUUUUUCCCCACACGUUUAGACCUUGAGCAGAUUUUGCAGUUUGUUGGGUGCUUCUGUAAGGCAAAUCUCUCUCUGCGUUUCAAACUCCUGCCACACUGGAGGCAUCCCAGGCUGAAAUCCAGUUGUGGUCCGUGUCAGGUCCUUGUCUCGUGGAAUGAUCCACGAGCUGCUCCAUUUGUCAAGGGCAUUGGCUGAGCCAAGGGAAAAUGAAAAAGGGAUUUUCAACACUGGCAGGCUUCACCAUUCGCUGGCUGGAGCUGUAACCUCAAUUCAUUAUUCUUGAUGGAUCUGAUGUCUGCCAGUGUUUCCUCUCAUCAAAUAAUUUUGUUAGAUUUUAUUGAUGGAAUGGGAUGAUCUUUUCCCCCUGCUUUUUGACUGCAAUUCUUCUUUUUUGAUACUGUUUGCAAGAAAGAAAUACUUCUUUCUUCUCUCUUGUUUUCUAAGAUGACAAUUUAUAUUUAAGGCAUGAUUCGAAUCUCAAAUGCUGGUUUUCUUUAAAAUGUUGGUCUCACACUUUUUUUCUGUCUUGGGCACAAUAUUUUAUUUCAUAACAGUACUUAUGUUUUCAGUGAUGAAAUCUCAACAAAUUAUCUUCCUCUUUAAAAAUGGAAAGAUUUUCUGGCUUUCAUAAAACCCAGUUCAUGAAACUGUCAAGUGUCUUUGGGUUUUAUCCUAAAUAAAUCAGUGUGGCAUCAUUCCCCCUGUUAUUAGAGACUAACAAGACUCUGCCUUGUCUAGUCUCUACUCCAUAUUUAACCAGAUCCCUGUAUCAUACAGCCAGCUAUUAUUUAAGGAAUAACUACAGGUAUAAGUAGUAGGAACAGUUCCUUUUAUCCAGGCCCAGUUCCAUAACCAUGAGGCCAGAAUGUCAAAGAUAUAUUCAAAGUUCAAUGGGCCUUUUGAAAGGUACCUGAAGUAGAAUAUGAGUAUGCUUUCAAAUUUCAACCAAAUCGUGAAUAAUUCUUUCACCCUGAUCUACAUAAGAACAACAACCAGUGUUAAUGAUUUUGCAGCCAGUAGGAAAUUUAGAGUCAUUCUGUUUUGUAAAACUAUACCAGACAAAUCACGGACUUCUUGUGGGGCUAAAAUUGCAUCUGAAAUUUGCUUUUCAGUAUGUUCGAUAACCCCUACUGUGAUCAAAUACUGUGUUUGGAGUUACAGCUCCAUGGGCACAGGCCAACAGCCCAGUCUUUAUCUGGGGGCAAAACUUACCAGACCAAUUUUCACAUAUUCAAUACCACCCUGGCAGGUUGUUCUCAUGAAGAGCUUUUGGAUACAUUUUGGACUAAAGCUGCAUGCACAUUCUGGGACCAAAUCUGCACUGUGGCCACCAGCUGUGCAUUGAGCAUGCAGAGAAGAACCAUUGAAGUAGCACAGUCCUGAUUGGUAUCAGUCCCUGUUUUCCAGUUGUUUCAGGUCUUUCCUUUGGAGCAGGGAAUUCGGGGUUCCCUGCCAGCAGCCCUGGCUUGUGGGAGCAGUCAGGGCUUUGAAUGCUCCUCCCCACCUGGUUUGGGGGGUACCUGUCCCACCACUUCACACAGAGCCAGCCUCCAGGCUGGAGCAGGGCACGAGUGCCCAGUGCUGCUGGGAUGGGUGACAGGAUCCAUCUCUGGACCCUCUGCAAAGUGGGACUUAAAGCCAACCCUAGCCCCAAAUACUAAAAACACCUGGCGCCAAUACAAGCAUUCUUUAUUUUAAUUUUAUGUCUCAUGGAAGUUACGAGGACUUGUAAACUUGUUUGUUUUUACACAUAGCAGACACUUGGCUUUAACCUGUGUUAAUGCUGUUUCCAUCUGGCUAUUUUUGAAAGCUCCAGCGAGAAGCAAGCAAACAAAGACACCAAGGAAAUGAAAGGUGCCUUGCUGUUGAUUUCCUAGAGUGGUACACUGCUCUGAUAAUGAACUGUGAAAUGUAGCAUGUGAUGAUGAUGAAUGUAAACACUUGCAUGUCUUGUUAUGUGAAUGUUGUCUCCCUGAGAUGGGUUGUUAGUAUGAGCUCUGUAGUGAAAAAUACUGGAAAGAGAAGGGAAGUGGAAAGAAGAUAGUUGUAGUGGGUUUUGCAGUGAACCACAUCCCCUUUUGACUGCUUUUCCUUCUCAGCUUUGGUAACAUGGCCCUCACCAUUAGGAUAGUAAUAAACACACUGCUCUGUUCCUAAAGUCAAAUCUGCCUCUUUCCAACACUGGGAGGGACAAUCUGUGUGUAUUUCCAGCCCAUCUGAUCUGUUCCCAGGCGUGGGGCUGCACUGGCUGGAUCACUCAGGCUCACUGGUGAUGCCACAGUGUGUGUUUGGUGCCCCCAGCCCACACCUGCCUCCCCAGGCUGUGCCUGUGCCAGGAGAUAAUUCACUGGGCUUUGGUACACUUUGCACUUAGGGCCAGAAGCUGCAGUGCAAACUAAAACUCUGAGAAUUCCCUUCCAUUUCUGGUAGGCACAGCCACCAGAAAGGAACUUGGGGCAACUUGGGAAGGUUUCGUGCUCCAACGAACAGAAAUGGGCCGGGCACAGGUUUUUCAAAAUUGUUAAUUUUGCAUUUACCUCACAGAUGUAUUUAGGAGAAGUGAGUGAUUUCCCAGGGCACCAAUAUGUGUUGGAGUUGCAGCCAUCCUGAACAUGUGCCCUGCCAGGGGAGCAGGGAGUGUCACUGGGUUAUCCCACUGGUGUUUGACCUUGGGAACAGGCUGUGCUGCCUGAGGGCAGGCAGCCCAUGGAGUGCUGCUGGAAGCCUCUGCUGCUGCUCCCUGAGGCUGCAGGGUGCUGUCACCUUCCCUGAGCUGCCAUCUGACAUCCCAGCCCUGCUGCUGUGCUGGCUCUGCCUGUGGCAAGGGGCAGUGCUCAGGGAAGGGUGCUUGGAUCCGUGGUGCCACGAAAACCUCAUCAGGUGCUGGCAAGGAGCUCAGUGUUGGGGUGAAACCAGGUGGUUUGGGGUCACUCUGUGCCUCACAGCACUGCUGCCAUGCAGAGCCCUGGCAGGACAGACUCCAGGUUUCUCCUGGCUCUUUAGGGACAGGGCGCAGUUGCCAUUUCUGCUCUCUCACACAGUAUUCCCAACGGAGCCAUGUGAUGUGGGAUGUCAGUGUUAGCUGUUAAAUUCUAGUACUUUUAUCUGCAUUCCUUCUUCCCUUGCCCAGUUUAUUGAAGAAAUGUGAUGGUAAGUGGUAGUUUGAUGUCUUGAGGUGAUUUUGAAGUAGAUAAGCACACCAUGAUGCCCCUAAGAUUGCAUAAUUCCAUGGAUUUGUUUUACCUGCAGUGCCCAGCAUGUAAUGUUUAUGUCUCAUUUCUGGUGUGUGUAAGCUUUACAGGCUGGAUAUGGUGCCCAAAUGAGAGGAGCACUUGGGUGAACAUCUCAAAUCACUGGUUUUUGGCAUGCUCAGGGGCAGAGGUGCUUGUGUGGAGUGUGUUAAACAUCCCAAAGUGUGGUGUUGUUCUGAGUCUUGUGAGUAGGGCUUCGAUCUAAUUCACUCUCCAAUGUAGCAGAUGUUUGCUGUCAGCCAACACCGUUCAAGGACUAAGGGAAUCUCUUUCUUUGCCCUGCAAUAAUGUAUUUUCUAUGAUUGUCAGUAGAAUUUGUUCAUUUCUCAAGUACUGUGCAGUGCUUCUUUAAAGAAUGUCCCUUUUUCAGGUGGUUUCAUGGUGACUGUACCCCAAAAUGUCUAGAUGUCUCUUAAUUGCAAAAACUGCUUUGUUAUUGAAUGUAUUAUUUAUUAACAGUAUCUUGUCUUUUUCUAGUUGCAUUUUGCAAAAUGUGCUACAAGCAUCUUCUGUGAUUUUUUAUAAGGAAAGUCUUAUUUAUAAUGUUUGUGCAAGUGGAUGGAAACAAAUAAUGAUUUUAUAGCAGCCCAUGCCUUUUUUCAUAGCUGCAGAGUCUUAAUGAUCAUGAUCAGAAGGGACAGGCUCAUUGUUUUAUUUAAUUUUGAUGAAAUUUUUCAGAGUUAACUAUUAUGUUACUCAUUAUUUGAAAUUCAUUAUCCUAACAAAUAAAUAUCGCCAUUUUAAGAAAUGAAAA